GUAUGCGGCUGAGAUUCGGCUCGGCUGGAUAAUAACAGCUACAGUCAUACUAUAACAGCGGGGCACAAGCGCCUGUGCAGCGGGGGUAAGAGUCGGAGGAAUCUCGGAUUACAACUCUCUCUCUCAGUCACUGCUACCAUUGUACCUGGACUUUAUAAUGAAGAUCUGCGCAUCCUGAAUUCCUUAUUAUUUUAUCUAAAGGAUCAUCGUCAUCUUCUUCCGGCUGUUUCGAUCUGUUAUGAUGUGACAUUCUGGAUUCACCUCUUACGAAAUCAUGGAAAUGUCAAAAACAUGCCUUGCAAAUGUCGCUUACAUCACCAAAACGUGUACAUCAAAAAGAUAUGUAUGAUAUAUGUUGAUUGACACAGGGAAUGUUUACAAUCUAACUUAAUGAUUCUUUUACCAAUGACUUACAGAUAAGUGUGGCAAACUUUUUUAAACAAAGAAAUUACAGCGUGCAUGAUAUAAGCGGCACCGAAAAUUCCACUUUCGGUUUCGGUUUGACCGAGAUGACAACUGCACAACCAAAUGCGAGAAUUGUUCUUCAGCAAUGCCUAUCGGCGAAACUGAUGGUUCAGCCGGCGACAGAAGACGAAGAUGCAAAAUAUGUACACAUUGAACGAGGAUUGGUAGUUUAUGUCUGUUUUCUGCAAGGGGCCAACAUGGACUAUAUUGAAAAAAUGGUUAAGGCAGCCCUGAACACCAGACUAAGUUCUACAGAGAAUGGAAAACUAGUGUCCAUCCUAGACCUUCCCGGAGAUGUCCUGAUCAUUCCACAAGCAACCUUGGGGGGUAAUUUGAAGGGGAAAGUCAUGCAGUACCAUAGAAACAUUAAAAAGGAAGAGGGCGAGACUCUGUAUCAGGCCUUUGUUGACCUUUGUGCUCAGACAGUUCAAGGGCACGAAACAGCGCGACAGUGUAGUGUGAAAGCCGGAACAUAUGGAAACAGACAGGUGUUAUCUAUGGACACAAAUGGACCAUUCACUCAUCUAAUCGAGUUCUGAUUUAUCCAUGGACACAAACAGACCAUUCACUCAUCUAAUCAAGUUCUGAUUUGUUUUUAGGUGAUAUUCUGAUAGAGAAAUUGAUUACAGUAUUAAAUUCUUUCAUGUAAA